AUGACUGCCGUUACAGCUACACAUCCGGCAGUAGCUGGUUUCAAUCUUUCCAUUAUAUUGGCCUCCCCCCAGCCUUCAAUACCUUUGCAUCCCAAACCAUUGCUACACUCGCUGGCGGCAUUUCAAGCAGCAGUAGAUGCGUAUGUUCACAAAGGCAAACAAGAGAUAGGAAGAAGGAAGGAGGCACAAGGACUGCGCCUAAAUGAGGAUGCGGACAGAAAGAGGGAAAUGGAGGAGGCAAUUGAGCGCGAAAAGCGACGGGAGAUCGAGUUGAUAGAAGUGCUGGAGAAGGAAAGGCUAGAAGCAAAGGAGAUGGAAUCCUCCCUACAACUGCUCAAGAAGCAGCUUGCAUCUCUGACAGAACAGGCAUCAGCUUUAGAUGGUGAAGCCAAUGAUUUGCGAAUGCGCAUUAAUCGAUUGCGAAAAGACAAAAGCCGUGACAUUUCUUUACUGCAAGAUCGAGCUCAGUCCAUGUCACCCCAGCUAGCACUUUAUGAAGGGGCUCUCGGAUUCUCAGUGACUGGUGUGAAAGAUGAUAUCCUGUUGUUCAAGUUUAUGCACCUUGAAGAAUCGGCACCGACCCGAUUGUUUUCGUUUGUUCUUGAUCUCUCGCAGCAAGAUUAUAUCGUAACAAUGUCGGAGCCUCCUCUUGGAGCCAUGCCCCGUCUUGUGGAUGAACUGAACAACACCCGCCAAUUUUGGACCUUUAUCAAAGGCGUCCGGGCCGCAUUUCUGACCGAGCUCGAGGAGACUUGGAUAUGA